GGCACGGGGCGGCGGAGGGGCCUCGGGACCCCGUCAGCCCCUGCGCAUCUCCGCCGCCGGAUCCUGCGCCCAGCUCUUGCGCCUCCCGUCCUCCCCCGGAAAGAAAUUCCAUCCCAGGAAAUUAGAGAAACGUGCGGCCGACCUCCAGAAAACAGGCCUUCCUCUGGAAAUGCUGCUUUCUGUCAAGCCGACUAUCAAAACACAUUAAAUAUGAAGAUUUGAUAGAAAAACGUAUAUAUAAGCCAACAGUAACCCAUAAGAUGAUUCUCUACAAUGCCUACCCCAGGAGGAAUUAUUCCACAAAUAAGGGCCCAGCGUGACAUUUAUGAGAAAGCCAGGGUCCUCCUGUGCAAAAUUGAUUGGUUCUCAGCCAACGGGCUCCCGGGCGUUGCAAACAAAGGCACCUUCUCCACUGGGACCUAUCAGAUGCAGGGCAGAGUAUUGCCUCUGCCUUUGGAACUUCAGGAAAUGCUCAACUCCUAUCUGGGCAGCACACAUCUGUGGCCAGCAAAGAGGAACCUGGCUUUGAAAAUGAAACAACUUCCUCCUCAAUUCAUUUCCAUCUUGGCCAUCUAUUGCUUCUGCAUGCUACAGAUUCCCUCCUCAGGAUUUCCUCGACCUCUAGCUGAUCCUCCAGAUGACUUGGAUAUCAUGCAGCUUGAGUGGCUGGCAUAUGGGGCAACUCUUUCUUGGCAAACUAAGGAUAAUCAAGACAUAUACAAAAGGGAUUCGAGGACUGAUGCAGGAGAUUUCACCAAGAAGGAAGGAUCACACUGCCACCUUGGGACGACCAUUUUUCCUUUUCAGGAAUUCAGUGGCAAAGAGAAACUGGAUCAGAUAAGGAAAUCGAGCAAUUAUUUUGAACAAAUGUCAAAUUUCUUUCUGUGAACAAUACUUAAAGAUAAUUCUCUUGCUCUGUAUUCUCCAGAAUAUUCAGUUGUGUAAAAAAUAAAGUAGCAUAGGCAUAACAUUUUCAUUUCUUGUUGGGAAGUCUUGGGGGAGGGAUAAGAUGUAUUUUUAAA